CCCAUUCCUUUCCCAAAGCUCAAACCUGUUUGCUGCUUCCUUCGUCCCCUACUUACUCCGCGUCUCCCUUCUCCUCCUCCAACCAACUCACCAUGACGACAACUACCCAGUACCUUUUCGCCAUUGUUCUCGCCUUCUCUCUAACCGUUUUAGGCGUCACGUCUCAGGGGACUGCAGCGGAUGAUGCCGCCGUCAUGCAACUUCUCAAGAAAGCUCUCAACCCACUUGGGUGGUCCGACCCUGAUCCAUGCAAAUGGGCCCGUGUAGCCUGCUCCGACGACCGCCGGAUCACUCGCAUCCAACUGGGUCACCAGAACUUGCAAGGUACGCUCCCUCCAGAUCUUCAGAAACUGGUGGAACUGGAGCGGUUGGAGCUACAGUACAACAACAUUUCAGGUCCGGUCCCUAGCUUGAAAGGGUUAGGCUCAUUGCAGGUGGUCAUGCUCAGUAACAAUCAGUUUACUUCUUUUCCUGCUGAUUUUUUUUCCGGUUUAUCUUCUCUUCUGUGUUUAGAGAUUGAUUACAACCCUUUUGAUUCCUGGGAAAUCCCUCAGAGUUUGAGAAAUGCCUCUGCUUUACAGAAUUUCUCCGCUAACUCUGCUAAUAUUUCUGGGAAAAUUCCUGAUUUUCUCGGACCAGAUGAGUUUCCGGGUCUAUCCCUUUUGCAUUUAGCUUUCAAUAAUCUAGAAGGAGAAUUGCCCACAACUUUUUCUGGCUCACAGAUCCAGUCUUUCUGGGUAAACGGCCAGAAAAGUAAUAGUCAUCUCACUGGCAGCAUUGAUAUUAUCCAGAACAUGACAAUAUUGAAAGAGGUCUGGUUGCACUCUAAUGGGUUUACUGGUCCUUUACCGGACUUCUCAGGAUUGAGUGAUUUGCAGAGUCUGAGUUUGAGGGACAACAAGUUAACUGGUCCUGUUCCUGUUUCUUUGGUCAACACUGAGUCAUUACAGGUUGUAAAUUUGACAAAUAAUUUGCUUCAAGGUCCAAUGCCUGAUUUUAAGAAGUCAGUUUCUGUGGAUAUGGUUAAGGACACUAAUAGUUUUUGCCUCCCAACUCCUGGUGAUUGUGAUGCAAGGGUGACUAGCUUGCUUUCCAUUGUGAAGCUGCUGGAUUAUCCGCAAAGGUUUGCAGAAAAUUGGAGGGAGAAUGAUCCAUGUGCAGCUUGGGUUGGGAUUACAUGUAGCAAUGGGGAAAUACUUGUUGUUAACUUUGAGAAGAUGGGCCUCACAGGUACAAUCUCUCCAGACUUUGCAUCUCUUAAGUCACUGCAGAGGCUGGUGCUUGCUGGUAAUAAUCUAACUGGUUCGAUUCCUGAUGAGCUUACUACUCUAGUUGGGCUUAAAGAGCUUGAUGUGUCAAACAAUCAACUCUAUGGGAAAGUUCCUGCGUUUAAGAGCAAUGUGAUUGUAAACACUUAUGGUAAUCCAGACAUAGGAAAGGAGAAAAAUGAUUUUGUACCCAAGGGUUCCACAAUUGGAAGUCCCCCAGGAAGUACAGGAUCAGGGACAGGAAGUAAUGGCGGCAAGAAGUCUUCUGCUUUGAUUGGAAUAAUACUGGCUUCUGUGUUGGGGGGUUUGGGUGUGAUUGUCUUCAUUGGUCUGUUGGGUUUCUGUCUCUAUAGAAAGAAACAGAAGCGGUUUAGCAGAGUGCAGAGCCCAAAUGCAAUAGUGAUUCAUCCUCUCCAUUCUGGAUCUGAUAAUGAGAGUCUAAAGAUUGCGGUCGCAGGCUCAAGCACAAGUGUUGGUGCAGUGAGUGAAACUCAUACUGUUCCUAGCAGUGAAGCCGGUGACAUACAGAUGGUGGAAGCAGGGAACAUGGUGAUCUCAAUCCAACUUCUAAGAAAUGUGACAAACAAUUUCAGUGAAAAAAAUAUUUUGGGACAAGGAGGCUUUGGAGUUGUAUAUAAAGGUGAUUUGCAUGAUGGUACCCAGAUUGCUGUGAAGAGAAUGGAAUCUGGGGUUAUAAGUGGCAAGGGAUUAGCUGAGUUCAAAUCUGAGAUUGCUGUUUUGACUAAGGUUCGACACAGGCAUCUUGUUGCUCUUCUUGGUUAUUGCUUGGAUGGGAACGAGAAACUUCUUGUGUAUGAAUACAUGCCCCAGGGUACUCUCAGCAGGCAUCUCCUUAACUGGGCUGAAGAAGGAUUGAAACCCCUGGAAUGGACGAAAAGGUUGACUAUUGCCUUAGAUGUGGCCAGGGGUGUUGAGUAUCUCCAUGGUUUGGCUCAUCAGAGCUUUAUACAUAGAGACUUGAAACCUUCAAACAUUCUACUUGGAGAUGACAUGAGGGCUAAGGUUGCUGAUUUUGGUCUUGUACGUCUUGCUCCCGAGGGUAAAGGCUCAAUUGAAACUAGAAUUGCUGGAACUUUUGGCUACCUAGCACCAGAAUAUGCAGUAACGGGCAGAGUAACAACUAAAGUUGAUGUAUUCAGCUUUGGUGUGAUACUGAUGGAACUAAUCACCGGGAGAAAAGCACUGGAUGAGAGCCAACCUGAAGAAAGCAUGCACCUAGUAACAUGGUUCAAGAGAAUGCACAUCAACAAAGACUCAUUCCGGAAAGCUAUUGACCCCACAAUUGACCUUAAUGAGAAAACAAUUUCGAGCAUCAGCACGGUUGCUGAGUUGGCAGGUCAUUGUUGUGCAAGGGAGCCUUAUCAAAGACCUGACAUGGGCCACGUUGUAAAUGUGAUUUCCUCCCUGGUGGAGCACUGGAAACCGACUGACCAGAGCUCUGAAGAUAUAUACGGCAUUGAUCUUGAAAUGUCAUUGCCACAGGCACUGAAGAAAUGGCAAGCUUAUGAAGGAAGAAGCAAUAUGGAGUCAUCUUCUUCUUCACUUCUGCCCAGCUUGGACAACACUCAGACAAGCAUACCAACACGGCCUUGUGGAUUUGCUGAGUCAUUCACAUCGGCGGAUGGAAGAUGAGAAAUAGUUGUAAAUUGUAAAUGAUGGGUUCUCUGUUAUGUUGUUAGUAAACUUGUUGGGUCUUCAAUCAUUGUAAGUAGAUGCCACUUGGAAAUGUAACUUGUCUUGUAAGAAAAGAAUUUCGUGUCU